AUGAAGGGCCCCCCUGAGCAGCAGGAGUGGAGCCCCUGUCUGAGACAGGAGGACCCAGAGCCCACACUGAUCAAGGAGGAUCAGGAGGGCAGGACCAGCCAUUGGAAAGAGCAGUCUCCUUACAUGAAAGACUCACCUCAGUCCUCACAUGCAUACCAAACUGUAGACUCAUCGGCACUCGCUGACACAGAGACCGGCAGGAGAAUGGGCAAGCUUCAACCAUGCCGUGACUCUCAGCCUCCCUCAGAGGGAAAUACAGACAGCCCCUCAGCCCGGAGUGAAAGCCCCAGUGAGAGUGAGAGCAAGGAGAGUGAUGCUGAGUACCAACAACUGCAAUUGAAAAACCCACACAGGAGAGGAAGUGGAAAGGGCCAGAGAGUAAGGGGUCAAAGUUUGAAGGUCAGCGGGAGAAAGGGAGCAGAGACCUCCUUCCAGGAGUCUCCAUCCUUCUCCAUCCAGAUUCAACAACCCUCAUUCACCUGUAAGGUCUGCGGCAAGUCAUUCAAGCACAUGGGCAAUAUCAACGUACACGUGAGAGUACACACGCAGGAGGAGCCUUACCGGUGUGGUGUGUGUGGUAAACAGUGCCGGUCCUCCGAGGAGCUGACGGGACACUAUGAGAUCCACAUCGGGGAGAAGGCCUACCGCUGCCACUCCUGUGGGAAGGGCUUCAAACAGGUGGGGGAGCUGACAGUCCACAUGAGGGUCCACACAGGAGAGAAGCCCUUCAAAUGUUCUGAGUGUGGGAAGACGUUCAUCUCAGCGACCACGCUCAGAGUCCACCAGAAGAUCCACACAGGAGAGUAUCCCUAUUGCUGCGAGGUCUGUGGGAAGUGUUUCACUCAGAAGGUUCACCUCAACAUGCACAUGAAGGUCCAUAUAAAGGGCAAAUAG